AUGCGGGCCAUCGUCCUCGUAGGCGCUCUCGUCGGCGUGUUCCUUGUGGAGGAGGUUAAAUCUGCGUGUGAGAGGACUUCAGAUAUAACAAGCUGCAACUUCUACUGCAAGAAAGAUAAUGGUGAAUGGGAGCAGGAUCAUUUACCGGACGGUGAAUUAUGUAAUUAUCUCUCCGAAAAAGAUGGGAGGUGCAAAGACGGAUCCUGCUAUCUUAUUGAGACUAACGCUCCUUCGCCUGGGGAUGAUGUGGUGACAGAAAUACCAAAAACAAAGAAAAAGAGGAAGUCUUCUAAAAAUAAAAACACUCAAUCUAAAAACAAGGAAACGAAGAAGAGUAAAAAGACCAAGGACGCAAAAACAAAGAAGAACAAGAAGCCAAAGAAGAUUUAA